AUGACGUCUGUGGAACCCAAUAAAGAGAAGCCAGCAAGCAAAUCUCUUUUUUCAACAUCAGCUGGUGGAGCAUCUCUCUUGAUUGCAUUGCAAGCCGGGUCUCGAGCGCUGACAUUCGUCGUGAACCAGAUACUUCUCCGGUAUCUCUCACCCGAACUCCUUGCUGUAUCAACACAACUUGAAGUUUACUCCAUCACUGUACUUUUCUUCUCCAGAGAAAGUCUGCGUGUCGCCAUACAGCGCCAGACCGACACGAGCGAUGAUGACUCUAAAGCCAAACAGGACAGCAAUCUGUCCACAAAGGACAGAUAUUUGGAUAGCCGAACGACUGCUGGUAAAAGCCAAGCAAUCGUGAAUCUGUCUUACAUCUCUAUUGCUCUCGGACUGGCAUCUACGGUGCUGUUUGGUUGGAUCUAUGCCAAUGCUGGGCAAACUGGCGUGGUUGAAACGCCUUAUUUUCAACAAUCUUUAAAAUUAUAUGGUGUGGCUGCAAUUCUAGAAUUGUUGGCUGAGCCAUGUUUCGUCAUCGCGCAACAAAAAUCGGCCUUCAAAGUUCGAGCUGCUGCGGAAUCGAUAGCAACAGUUUUGAGAUGCAUUGUUACUUGCGCUGUUGCAGUUUGGGCUGCGCAUCAUCAGAUAGAGUUGGGUGUACUGCCAUUUGCCAUUGGUCAGGGGGCAUAUGCUAUUGCGAUGCUACUGGUGUACUUAUUGGGCGUCUGGAACAUGCAUCACGGGGCGGAUUCUCAUUAA